UAUGAUGUGUUAAUGGUACCCUUAACAUCGUUAAUGUGGCUAUUAAAAUAAUAUUUUUUAUUAUUAUGAUAAUUACAAUAUAAUUCCAUUAAACUAAAAUUAAUGUUACUCAUAUUCAAGUGGGGAAUAUCAUUGGAGUAGUAAUGAUUAUAAAGUUGGAGAAUGCUUAAAAUGCUCUGUAGAUUAUCCCCAAAGAAAAAAGAAUUAAUGCACUUGUGAAGAAUUAAUAUAUUAAGGUGAUUGUGCAUUAGCAGGAGAAAGUUGUUUAUGGAAUUCAUAACUGGCCUAAUGUAUUUAAAUUGAUUGUUAUAUGCUUAAAACAAGAUCUUCUUGUAUUUCAAAUUAUAAUUGUCAUUGGAUUUAAGUAGAUGAUGUUAUGCAAUGUUUACCAAUGACUAAAUGUUCAAACUUACCUGGUUCUAAUUCUUAUUAAUGUUUGGCAUAUUCUUAUAGAUGUACUUAGAGUGAUGGAUAGUUUUGUUAAGAAUUAUCAAGAUUAGAUUAAUCUAAUAAAUGUUCAUCAAUAUAAAAUUAUACUUCUUGUUAUUUGACAAUAGGUUCUGAUGGUGUAUGUGCUUGGAAUGGUCAAAAUUGUUAUGCAUUAUCUGAAUGUUCAUAAAUAACAUAGAGCAAUUUAUGUGGAAUUAAUAAUUAUGCAUGUUAAUGGAAUUCUGAUAUUAAUAAAUGUAUAUCAUUAAAUUGUGAGAAUAUUUUAACAGAAUCAGCAUGCACUUAUGUUGAUACAACAAUAGAUAGACAUCCUUCUAUUUAAAUGUGUUACUGGAAUAAUUCAAGAUGUGCCAAUGUUACUAGUAUAAGUGAUACUCUUACAUCUUCAAAUUGUUAUAUCAAUUCAGGUAGGACAUAUAGUUGGUCUGAUAAUAAUAGUACUAAAGGCCAUUGUGAAUCAUGUUCUAAUGAUUAUUUGAUGAGAGCUACCACUUUCAUUGUCUUGCUAUUGAUUAAUUAUUGAA